AUGAGGAUGACAGAAGUUAGCAAUCGGGGAAAAAGGGUAGCUGGUGCAGGUAGUGCUAGUGUCAAUUCCUCAAAGAGGCAAAAGCAAAAGGGACCGAUUGAUUUAUAUUUCACUCUCAGACCGAAAGUUGUGGUGCAAAAAAGAAAGGAUGGGGGAAAACAGACAACCAUGAAUGAUGCAUGCAAGAAAGAGUUGAGAGGAAGAGCGUGUGCUGCUUUUGCAAGGUGGAUGUAUGAUGCAGGAAUUGCAUUCAAUGCUGUUAAGUAUGAUAGCUUUGCCGAGGUUGUUGAAGCAAUUGGACAAUAUGGUCUUGCCAUGAAACCAGCUAGUUAUCAUGAGGUGAGAGUAUCUUUGCUUAGAAAGGAAUUGGAUAAUACCAAUGCUUUGAUAAAUGACCAUAGAGAGGAGUGGUCAAAAUUUGGAUGCUCAUUAAUGGCAGAUGGGUGGACAGACAAGAGAGGGAGAACGUUGUUUAAUUUCCUAUUAAAUAGUCCAAGGGGAACCAUGUUUAUUGAAUCGAUAGAUACUUCUUCUUUUUCAAAGGAUGGUGAAAAGAUAUUUGACUUACUUAAUAAAUUUGUGAACCGCAUUGGAGUAGCAAAUGUCGUCCAAGUCAUCACAGAUAGUGAAUUAAGCAAUAAGGAGGAUGUUAGAGAAAGAACACCCACAUUUGUAUUGGAAGACAUUGGGAAAAUACCGUCCAUCUCUAGAACAAUACAGAGGGCAGUGGAGUUAAAUAGUUAUAUUUAUAUGCGUCCAAAGUUGUUGAACAUUAUGAGGAACUUUACUCACAAAAAGGAGUUGCUUAGGCCCACUAAGACUCGAUUUGCUACAUGUUUCAUCACAUUAUCAAGUAUUCACAAGCAAAAGAAUAACUUGAGAAAGAUGUUUACUUCAGAAGAAUGGAGUCGUAAUAAAUGGGCGAAAGAGGAAGCCGGUAAAAGAGUUGUUUCUUAUGUUUUGAUGCCUUCCUUUUGGAACAACAUUGUCUUUAGCCUUAAGGUUUCCGGUCCUCAUAUUCUGGUUUUUAGAUUAGUUGAUGGCGAGAGAAAGCCUCCCAUGGGAUACAUUUAUGCGGUUAUGGAUAGGGAUAAAGAAGCCAUUGCAAAAUCAUUUGGGGAAGGUUUGUAUGCAUGCAUUGCAAGGUUAGUCCCAGAUGUCAAAAACCAAGACAAAAUUACUAAGGAGCUGUCCUUAUAUUCUAAAGCUGAGGGCCUCUUUGGUAAUCCCUUUGCUAUUAGACAGAGAAGUACACGAGGACCAGCUAAUUGGUGGGAAGCUUAUGGCAAGUCAACAAAACUUCUCCAAAAGUUUGCUAUAAAGGUUUUAAGCCUCACUUGCAGUUCUUCUAGUUGUGAACGAAAUUGGUUUGAGCAUCUUCAUAAUAAGAAAAGAAAUAAGCUCGCUCAAACAACUUUGAAUGAUUUAGUGUUCAUCAAAUAUAAUAGAGCAUUGAGGCGUCGAUAUAAUAUGUGUAACACUCUUGAUCCCAUUUUACUCGAUGACAUUGAUGAGAGCAACGAGUGGUUGACGAGGAGGAUGGAUGAUUCUGAUGCAGAACAUGAUCUAGUCUUUGAAGAUGAUUCCUUGACAUGGGGUGAUGUUGCUAGUUUUGCUAGUAUUAGAGAGAAUAGCAGGCCGCAACGGUCUACUAGAUCAAAAUCUAGUUCUAGUUCACGAUUAACAACAAAGGGAGCAGGAAGUUCUUCAGUUCGACUUGUGGAUGAGGAUGAGGAUGAUUCAGAUGAGAUAGAAGAGGAUCCUGAGAAUUAUAAAUCAUUUAGUGACGAUCAAAAUGAUGUUAUGCUUAUUGAUAACGAGGAUGAUAUUUAG